CGUCCGAAACUAUCAACGGAGCAAGAGGCCUUGGUUUCGCUUGCAGUCCAGGGUCACAACAUCUUCUACACCGGCGAAGCAGGGUGUGGGAAAUCGACAGUACUAAGAGAAAUCAGAGACCGCCUGAAGAGCAUGGAUAGAGCUGUUGAAGUUUUGGCACCUACGGGUAAGGUGGCGAUUGCAAAUGGAGGCAUGACGACCUGGUCUUUUGCCGAUUGGACGCCCAAUACUCAUAAGUCCACUCUAUCUGAGCUGACAUCAUUCUCAUUUGGCUCUGUACUGGCGAAGCGUCUGAGGGACGUCGAAACAAUCAUUAUUGACGAGAUAAGCAUGGUGGAGAGCAUGCAUUUUGACCGAUUGAAUCAGAUGAUGAAAGCUGCAUGCUCUCCAUUUGACAAGAGAUCUACUCUGCCAUUUGGCGGUACCCAAGUCAUUGUUACAGGAGACUUCUGCCAAUUGCCCCCGGUUAAACCGUUUUCACACUGUUACGAAUGUGGUAGUGAACUUAUAGCCGACAUACCACGAAAGAUGUACACAUGCCCGAAUCUCGAAUGCGGCAUCUCCUACCGUGACGAGGAUAAAUGGGCAUUUAGAAGCAGAGCGUGGGAAGAAUGCAAUUUUGAGCACAUAUAUCUCAAAGCUGUAUAUCGGCAGAAUGAGCCAGAAUUUCUCAGAGUGUUACAAAGAUGCCGACUUGGUCUGCAGCUGAGCGAUUCCGAUCUUAAACUUUUGGCGAACAACAAGCCAAAGACAGGUCCUUAUGCGGUGAAACUCUAUCCUACACGAAAUGAAGUACGAAAAGUCAACGACACUGAGUUUCGGCGCAUCCGUGCUCCCAUACAAACUUACAAAUGUGUCGAUGUAUUUCUGUGGAACGAGGAAAAACAUCCGCAUUUACGCAACAAGGGAGCGAGAGAUCCAAACGGCUCUCUGAAAGCACUAAAAGAGCACAGGUUUGAAGCUGAGCUUAAUCUUAAAGAAGGGAUGCAGGUCUUGCUCUUGCACAAUAUUGACAUUUCACGCGGCCUGUGCAACGGCGCCCAAGGUGUUAUUACGGGCUUUGAACCAUUCAAC